AUGGCGUUCCCUUAUAUCGACACCCCGCGCACCGAAAUCGACGGGAACGCGACUUACCUGACCAACGGGUUUCGCAGUGUAGGACGACACAACCUUUCGGCUCUCGAUUCGGUCGAAAACUCCUUUCAGACGCCGUCCAAAGAUGAGGAUGUACUCAAGGGUAUCGGCGAAGGCCGGAGACGCACGUCAGGCUCGUUCAAGCUGAGCACACCGCGUGCAGGCUCCGGUCCUAAGACGACAAAAAGCGCGUUGAACAACCGACAGCACCUUCCUACAGCCGCGCCCGCCGCCGGGGAAUUCACGCCGUUGAUGAAGAGCGCUACGAGAAAUAAUUAUUUGAGGAACAUGUCGACGGCGCGAGGAACCGGCGGCAUGAAAACACCAGCCUACCUAAGCAAAACCUACCGAAGCAAUGCGAACACUCCCGGGUUACCGCCAGAGAUGACUUAUAUCGACGAGGAAGAAGACGCGACCGAUGACCAACCGACACCUUUGCCGCAAGUCGCGAGCAGCAGUGUCCAGAGUACCCCGCUAGCGGGUUUGGGCAGGGAUGGGAUGUUGAAUGACGGACAAAACAUGACACUGAAGGAACAGGAAAAGAUGAUCGAUAAACUCGACAAGGAUAAUUUCGGGUUAAAAUUGAAGAUUCAUUACCUACAAGAGCAAAUCGAGAAGGCCGGUCCGUCGUACAACCAAGCUGCCGUCAAGGAAAAUACGGAACUCAAGGUGGCCAAGUUAACGAUGCAACGCGACAUUUCCCGAUACAAGAGGAGCCUCCAACAAGCAGAGCGUGAUUUGGAAUCUUACCGUGUACAAUUCCAGGAAUUUCGCGAAAAGACUCGGAGAAAGCAGACCGAUGAAACGGUGCAACGAGAAUUGGACAUGAUGCGGGAAGAGCUUGAGUCGCGAGAAAUUCAAGUUAGGGACCUUCAGGAGGAGCUACGAACCGCCAAAAACAGACAAUCCGAAGAAACCGAGAAACUCCGCGAUGAAGUUGAGGACUUGGAAGCCGCACUCAGGGACAAGGACCGUACAAUCGACGCGCGCGAGGAGGAAAUCGAGGAACUCAAGGACCGAGACAAUAAGGAGAACGAUGCCCUCUCCGAACUCGAAUCAGAACUUCAACGCGCCAGGGAACAAAUGGAGGAGUUGCAAGAGUCUCUCGACCAAGCCCGGACUGAGGCGAGGGAGGCGAAAGACGAAGCAAGUCACGCAACACAAGAGAAAGAAGAGGCGGAACGAAACCUCCAGGAACUUCACGACGAGAUGGCCAACAAGUCUUUCACUACAAAGGGAUUGAACCGCCAACUCGAAGAGAAAUCAGGCAAGCUCGAGGAGGAGCUGCGUGAGCUACAACGUGAGGCCAAUGCUCUGAAGGAGGAGCUCGAAGCGAAGUCGCGCAAUGAAGCCCACCUUGAGGAGCAGUACCGCAAAGCCCAACAGGCCAUGAACUACGAGGAUAAUAGGCUACAUGACGAUGCUGCUCGAGCACGACGCGAACGAGAUCUCGCUCAACAGGAACGUGACAGGAUAUCUUCUCAGCUACAAGAAGCUCUCGAUGAAAUUCAGCACAAGGCCGACGAAAAAGAACUAUUACAGACCCGACACACCGCGUUGACAGAAGAAUCCAGCGGUUUGCAACGGGAGUUGGCGAGGACGCAAUCUCACAUGCGGGAACUGCAGCACGUUCUGGACCAGGGCAAGCACCAGGCUCUGGACGAUGUGGACAUCAUUCGCACGCAAUACCGAGAAGAAGUCGACAGACUGCAAGAGGAGAUCGAGUCUCUUCAUCAUGAAAUUGAAGACAAGGAGGGCCAGUUUGCGCUCGAACAAGAUCGGUGGGAAAGUGCCAAGCGCACCUUACAACUUCAGAAGGACAGAGCAGAAGAUCAAGCGGCCGGAUUCAAGCGCACCAUUGAGAAACUUGAACAAGUGGAGUAUAGUCUCUCCGGGAAAGAAACAAAGCUGCAAGAAGUCAUUGAUAGCGAGAAGGCACGACAUUUCAACUCGGAAGCCGUUUUAAGCCGCCAAGUCAAAGAACUGAAUGACGAACUUGCAGGAAAGAGAGAGAUCAUCGACGAACAACGCGGUGAGCUUCUUUCUAUAAAGGAACAGCUCCGUCACGCCGGACGCGAGGAAGCAGCAUUGAAGGAGAGAGUGCAGGCUCUGGAAGAUGAAGUUGUCGUCCUGCAAUCAAGCCUUGAGGAAGAACAAGAAUAUGCGAAAGGUCGGAUGCAGCAGGGCUCUUCCAACCAGGAUGGCCAAUUACAGAAAUUACUUGCCGACAAGCAGAAGCUUCGAGAUCAGCUGGCUAAUGCUCAUGUCGAGCUACAUGAUCUUCGUACGGCCAUGGGCGAAAUGGAAACGGAACGUGAUGAACUCCAAGCUCAAUUGGACCAAGCUCAAAAUCCAGUUGACGAUACCACGCGAUUCGACCGGGAGAAACUCGAACAGCGCAAAUCUACCCUUCGCCUUGAGAACGAGCUUAAAAGAAUGAAGGAGGAUAGAUCGUCUUUGUUGGAAGCAAAGGAAACCCUCGAAAAACAGCUGGGCGCCGAAAUCGAAAGAGCCACCGAGGAAGAGAAUCGCCUCGCGGCCGAAGUUGACCAGCUCCAAGACCGGCUGCAUGCUGCCUCUGGUGGAAGGGAUAGGGAACUCACAUUGUCCAGGAGUAAAAUCCAGCGGCUUGAGAGGCGUAUCAAGGACCUUGAGUCUCUUCUACAGCAACAAGCCACUGUAGAGAACGAGCCCUCAACCGCGACUGGAGACGUUUCCAUGCUCCGCCAUAACUUGGAUGAGGCUCGCAAGCGGGAGAAGACAUUGCUUCAGCGCGAGGCUGAUCAGAAAUCUGCUGUUCGUAACUGCAAGUCACGUAUUGCUGAGCUUGAGAAGGACCUCCACGAAACUAUGAUGAAGAAAUUCGAAUCCCGCUCCCCUCAAUCAUCACCUUCCGACAAAGUCCAUGAAGAAUUGCGGAGUCUACGCAAGCAGUUGUCCGAAGCGCAUCGAGCUUUACGCGACCUGAAGAUCAAGAAUCGUGAGCUCGAGCGGGCUGCGAUGAAAGAGGAAGACCACCGGGAUUUCCAUGAGCUGCUCAAAUCUUCUACUCUUGAAGCUGAGUCGUUGGCUCUCAAGGUCUCAGAGCGAGACGAACGCGUGAGUGAGCUUAAAUCCCAGGUUCGCCGGAUCCGUGAGGAGCGCGCCUUCUGUGUGAGGAAGGCCGAGACCGCCCUCAAAGACCUCGAGGCUCUUGAAAUACGUUAUAAGCAGGCCGUUGAAAAGAUCGGGUCUCGGACGGAAAGCAAAUCUCGACACGACAAGGAGCUUCUGGGAUUAGGAAAAGAGAUCAUCUGGCUUCGGGCACGAUUGAAGCGCGAGGAGAAAUUCCGUCGUGACUUGGCCUGGAGUAAGGGAUUGAUGGAACUCGGCGAGCGAGUACGGGUUGCAUGCAACGACGCCGACUUACGAAUGAUCUCCGAGAUGGGAGUAAAGCCCCGUGACCGCAGCAUGCUCCGCGAUCCUCGCCAGAAGCUCAAAACCGCCAUCUCCAUGGUCAAGGCCGUCGUGCGCAUGCAGCGAAUGAGCCAGGAAUGGAAGAAGACCCGGAAGCUAGGCGAGGGCCUCAAACGCGCCAAAGGUGAAAUGCUGAAGAGGAAAGAUAGCUCUGGCAAAGGCCUAGUGGAAUAG